ACUGCAACUAUAGUAUUUAGCAUAGAUAUUGUAAUUUUUUGUAUUGUAUCUACUUGAAAAAUAUAAAUUACAUUUUUUUUAUAAAGAUUUGUUAUCGAUAUUAAUCAGUUAUUAGAGUCAUUAAAAAUUGAUCCGCUUAUUAAUACAGUUUUAAAAUGUUGGGCAUAGCUUCGUUGGCGAUAAAAUAUUUGCUAUUCAUUUUCAACUUGAUAAUAUUUCUGAGUGGUAUUUUACUUUUAUCGGUCGGAUUGUCUAUCAGAAAUGUUUUUAAUCAAUAUGAACAAUUUCUUAACGAGCAUUACUUUACCGCACCGUCCCUGCUGAUAAUCUUGGGACUUAUCGUUUUAACGGUAUCGUUUUUCGGAUGUUGUGGUACACUAAAAGAAAACUACUGCAUGAUGCUUACUUUCGGAUUUCUUUUAGCAACGUGCUUUAUAAUGGAAUUGACUGGUGGUUUAGCAGGAUUCAUUUUAUCGGAAAGAGCUCGCACUGUAGUCACACUAAAUCUACAUGAGACUAUGAAACUUUACAAUAAAACAACGCAAAUAACACAUAUUUGGGACAAACUACAAACCACUCUACAUUGUUGCGGGGCAGAAAAACUGGAAGACUGGUAUCCAAUAUUGGAUAACAAGUUGCCCAUGUCAUGCUGUGGCACACGAUAUGGGGUGAUCGACCAUCAGACGUGUUCAACAAGCGAUCCGACGGCGGAUGUAUUCAAACAACCGUGUUACGAAUCGCUUUCCAUGAUAGUAAGAGAAAACGCCAGCACUCUGGGCUGUGUUGCGAUGGGUAUAGCUUUUUUGCAGAUGUUGGGCAUCGUGCUUUCGUGUUCUUUGUCGAAAUCCAUAAGGAGCAGUUACAAGCCAGUUUAAAGAACCAUAAUAAUAUAAAAUGUUAUCGAAAUUAAAGCAGCUAGAUAACAUUCAUUUUUUAAGCAUACACAAGACAUUACCGAAAAUUAAAUUCACCCGUUUAAAAUGUUUUGGUGACAAUUUAUUACAAGUUAUAUAUCUAUCUAUUUUAAUAUUAUAUUAUACCGCACCUGUAUUUGUAUUAAAUAAACU